CAUUCAGUGAUGCACCACACCUUGCACGAUUCAUGUCCUGGCUAGUAUUCUCUUCCAAAUUCUCGUCGCAUUUGUGUGAUGCUGCUAUCGUGUGGUCAUGAGGCCCAAGAGCAGAAAUUGGGAACCCUCCCUCCACCUACCUUCGACGCCAGCCCCACGUCACAAUCUAGCGUUUCUUCUCGCAUCCUGCCCACCGACCGGAGCUCACUUACCCUGUUCCUCAAUACCAUCAAUUUCCCCUCUAACCUUCAAAGACAAUCAUGACUGCGCCAUCGAAGCCUGAGCUCCUCAUCGAGCUGUACACAGACCCCAUGUGUCCUUGGUGUCUCAUACACGACGCACGCCUCGAACAGACGCUCAACUCGUCUGACUUUGUCGAGCAAAUCUACCCCUACCUCCGCCCCGUCGUCAAAUUCCGGCCUUAUAUCCUCGACCCCCGCCUGCCCGCCACGUCGACGGAGCGGCCUGCAGACCGGUACGACGACCUCGGCUCGACCGAGUACACGGCGCACCAGCCCCCGACGAAGCGGCAGUACUAUUCCCAAAAGUUUGGCGGGGGCCUCGACGCGUUUUACUCCAAGAUCGGAAAGGCGGCCAAGGACGUCGGUCUGCCACCCUUUCAGUGGCUCACCGACGGCAAGGUCGGCGCUACUUGGGACUCGCACAGGCUGUUGUGGUACGCGGGCACGAUUGACGAGCAGCGGGAUUCCUCUGCAUCAUCGAAUGGGGAUGCGACUGGUAAAGUCUACGUCCCCGGCGUCCAGGCUCAACUGGCCUCGAGACUGUACAAGGCCUUUCACCAGGACUCUUUGGACCUCAGCGACUGCGACGUGUUGGCAGACAUUGCCAACGACAUUGAGGGCCUAUUCAAAGACAAGCAAGAAGCCAAGCGCUGGUUGCAAAGCGAUGAGGGCAGCGCAGAGACGGGCCACCUGGCCGAUCUGGGAGUUAUGAAUGGCGUUCAGUCGGUCCCAUUCACCAUCAUCCAGGACGGGUCGGACCACACCAGUGAGGUACUGGAUCACAAGGGUCUCAUGAAGAUGUUUGACAUGGCCACGGCCUUGCACAAGUAGCAGGUCUCCCAUCACCUUUUUUAGUCUCUUCUCCAGUGUCAAUUACUAUUACAUCAUUGCUCGUCCGCUU